AUGGCAGCGACGGAGACGAGACAACCCGAGACGGAGUCCAAGCCGGAAGAAUGGUCCUUCGUCAAGUCCAAAUCACGGUUCCGUAGGAAUCCUCCCAAGGUACCGGCGAAGUACCUAAACGCAUCCAAGACCGACAAUGAACCCCGCACCUACAAGUCCGUCGCCGAGAUCACGGCCGAGUACGAGAACUUCAAGACCCGCUGGCGCGACACGACGUGCCAUUCCAAAAUCAAGGAACUAGUGAAGGCGAACGCCGGCGAUGGUAGAAGGGUACGGCGGGCGGUAUGUCUCGGUGUCGGCACGUUUGACCCGGAGGAUGGCGGAUGGGACGCAAAGAGGAGGAGUUAUAUUCAGCUGGACGGAUUCUUGACUGUUGUGGAAGUCUUGUCCGAGAUUUACGAUGAUGUCAUUCCGUGUUCCUUCCAAGAACCGAGAUUCACGACUAACGACACCGAAUUCCUGACGAAUCUUGGCCACAAAGUAGUCGAGUCGCCUGCUGCCUUCGAGGCUGUUGACGAAGACACCCUAGUAUUCGCGAUUCACAUGUAUCGCCCGAUAUACGAGUUGGCGUUGGAGAAAGCCUCGCCAGCCAUGUUUGUCGGGACCGGCUGGGACGUCUGGGAUGGAGCCGGAACGAUGAAGGAUGGAGAGUUCAAGUGCAUGAGUGGUAUGCACAGAUCACACAAGCAGUUUGCUUUUCCUCAAGAUGGCACAUACACGAGCUUCUCGAGUACAUGUCUCUACUGGCGUCCGAAACCUGAAGCACCAUCAAUAGGAGCUCAUCGGGUUUCGGAGAAGGCUCCUGAUGAAAUCAGAAAUACGGAAGAUAUCAAACAGAUCAUCGAUGGAAACGCCGAUCAGAAGACCGAGAAGAAGGAUGCUGAAGAGGAUGUCGCCUGA